GCAGAUGACUUCCGAUCAUACCUUGGAGUAGUGGCACGUGAUAAGAUUAGCAUUCUCAUUCCAUCUUUUGAUCAUGUGUCCGAGGUUGAUCGGAACAUUAUUUGGAAAGAUAUAUUGAUGACAUUUGACAUUCCAAAUGUCACAACACUUAGAAAUAAGUGUUUGUCAACUGUUGCAGAAAAUUUCAGAAACUUUAAAAGCAAGUUGACAUCAAGAUACAUCUUUGGACACCUUAAACAUAAAAGUCCAUGUAGUUCAUAUAAGUCCAUUGAUGAGGAGACUUGGCGGCUUUUUAAAGAGAGUCGGAUGUCAGAGGAAUGGCAGGCAAUUAGAAGCAAAGCACAAGGAACAAGUGCUCACAACAAAAACCCCCACCUAUUAUCUCGUGGUGGGUAUAGGAAGCUUGAGGAGAAAAUCCUCAAGUAA